AGAUGAACUGCAUAUGAAAGGCUAAAGAGGGAAGCGUAAUUCAUAAAACCACCAAGAAGAGGCCCAGAGGAGGGCAAUGAACAAUUCUGUUCUUAACGAAAAGUUGUAAAAGCAGAAGUGGAAAAUUCAGACAUGCCCAGAGGCCUCAGCUGCCUGGCGAGCCCUGAGGGGGCAGAAGGCAGGUAUGAAACCCCCCCAGCUUCAGAGCUCCAGAGGCUAAUGUGGACAAAGAAAGGGACCAGCAACCAUCUGGAUGAGGUUCAUCCCAGGAUCUACAUUGGAGACAUGUAUGCAGCCAAAGACAAAAGGACUCUCCAGGCUCAUCGCAUCACCCAUGUGCUUAAUGCUGCUGAUGGGAAGUUCAGUGUAAACACGGGGCCCAGCUUCUACCGGGACACCACAAUCACUUAUCAUGGAGUUGAAGCUUUUGACAUGCCAUCCUUUGACUUGAGUCCCUUCUUUUACCCAGCGGCCAAUUUCAUCAAGAGCGCUCUGAGCUCUCCCACAGGUAAAGUGUUCGUCCACUGUGCAAUGGGUAUCAGCCGCUCAUCCACCUUGGUUCUGGCUUACCUGAUGAUCCAUGAGAACAUGACACUGGUGGACGCCAUCAAAGCUGUGGGCACCAACAGGAACAUUUCUCCCAAUAAUGGGUUCUUGGAGCAGCUCCGAGCACUGGACACAAAGCUCCACUGCAAGGGAUUACCGAGGAGCUUCAACGGGCGGACUUAA